AUCAUUAGCGUUAGCAUCAUUAGUGUUAUAUGUAUAGAGAGUGUGUGAGUGUGUGUGUGUGUGUGUGUAAGAGUGAGUAGGAUAUUAAUAUCAGCCAGGUAAAUAAUUAUCCUGUACAGUUUGACCUGGAUCUUGUGUUCGAGACGAAUAUGAAAAAUAUCAGAGAAUAACAUCAGACUACUUCCGCCGGAAGUAUGACGUCACGAAGGUGAUGUACUUCCUGGUUUAUGUUUGUGUCAGAUCCUGGACGGUUUUGUGUUUCAGCUUCACAGAAUAAAACUCGUGUUUCUCAGUGAUCAUGAUUUACACCGGAAUCUGACUGUAAGUGACCCGAACAGCUCGUGUGAUGAUGGAGUCUCCCCAGGCGGAUGAUGAUAUCUGUAUCCUGAAGCACGAGACGGCGUAUGUGGCCGAGAGCCCGGUGGCCAUGUGCUCAGGGGACGAGUCGGUCGCGUCUCAUUUCGCUCUCGUCACCGCCUACGAAGACAUCAAGAAGCGUCUGAGGGACACGGAGAGAGAGAACACCGCUCUGCGUAAACGAGUGAAACAGAUGGAGGAGAAGUUGUUUAGACCUGAAGCUCCUCCCUCUGAAGGGCCACAAUACAUGAAUAAAGCAUUCAGUGCGUAUCGAGGAAUCUACAUGGAGAAGAAAGAUCUUCAGGCUGAGCUGAAUAAGCUGAAGAAGGAGCGAGCUGAGUCAGAAAAGAUUUUAACUGAACAGCUGCAGGCAAAGGAGCUGGAGCUGUUACAACUCAGAACAGAACUGGAGACCAGCCAGGUGAUGAAGAGUCUGAACGAGACACAGGAUUACUGGCACGUGAAUCGAGAGAGCAGUGAAGUGCAGAUACACACACUACAGGAGGAAGUGCAGAAACUCCGCCUGGAAAACAGCAACUUAAACACACUCUGUGCUCUCCGACAGGACGUGUCUGACAGUGAUGUGAAGAACGAUGAGAUCCAUCAGGGGGUGCCAGCGUACUGCAGCAGGUCUGCAGUGAUAAGUGUGUAUGAAGAUGUGUGCGGUGAAGUGUCUCGUCUACACACACUGGUGAGAAAUCAGAAUGAACUGAUGAAGAAACUCAGAGACCGACCUGCACUGAAGAGAGCUGCCUCAGCUUUUCCUGUUCAGUGUUUGGAUGAUGUGGAGAAAAACCAUUCGCCAGUUCGAACUCCGACACCCCGCCCCCCCAGCGCUCCACCACUGCAUGUGGCUCCGCCCCCUGGUACCUCAUAUGCAGAGAACUGGAAGGAGGCAUGGCCUCUACACCGCCCCUCCCCAUUAGGAAGCCCCGCUGGUCCACCCAUUCCUCCUCAACUCACAGCUUCUUCACUGGACGAUGGUUCCUGGUCGAUCCCCGCCCAUCCCACACCGGACCACCCCCUGUUUUGGGAGGAGCCAAAGUCCAGCAGCACUGAGUGGUCCAAGCCGUACUGACGGACAGGUGACUCGUCCAAUCACAUCCUGCCUUAAGACCGCUGCCUAGACUGAGAUACCUCACACUGCUCUCCCCCGGGCCUGUACAUACACUUCCAGAGCGCGCGAGCGUGUGCGUGUGUGUGUGUGUGUGUGUGUGUGUGUGUGUGGAUCGUAUAAUUGUGAUUUAAGCGUGUUAAAGUCAAAAUUCUCUUUCCCGUUUAACCUGCCCUAGGUGACUUCCCCUUGGCCACCUUAGGGCUCUUCUACAUUUAUUAGUGAACAUCAGUGUAGGCUUCAGGAUUACAUUUACCCACAAUACACUGCAGUGGUUGUACAGUGAAAAGGACGUAGGCCAUCCUACUGAACCCUGAUGAUGAGGAUGAUGAUGGUGUUACUCUGUUAGCGGCACAGGAUUAGCCAGCAGGCUAACAGCUCUUUAAUAAAAACUAGAGCAGUUUUAAAGCUCAAUUACAGACCAGCUGAAGGUCUUUAGGGGGCACUUACUUUUACACUCCACACACAACCCACACCUCUAAUAUACGUACGUGUGGGUGGGUGGAUGGGUUUGUUGUUGUAUUGUGAAUCGCACAGGGUGUAAACAGGAAUCGGAGCACAGGGUGUGUGUGUGUGUGUGUGUGUGUGUGAGUGAAUGCAGAAUGUUCUGGAGUGUGUUUUAAAAGUUGUGUUUAGACAGUUACACUCCGUUUUGCACUGAACAGUGGCGGUGUGUUAAUGUAUUCAAUGAAGGACCUGUGUGUGUGUGUGUGUGUGUGUGUGUGUGGGGCUCCGAAUCGUAUUUUAUUUCGAUGUGUGUGUUUGUGUCUCGGCGUUGCCGUAGUGAUGAAAUGCAAUGUACAGAGGAUGUGGAUUGUUUUUUAGUUUGUCUCUUUGUAAAUAUUAAAGUCAGAUAUACGUUGA